GCAGUGGCAGUGCCAGACCCCGCUAUCAGCUGGUGCGCGUGUGUGUGCUGUGUUCCACGGCUCCCAAAGCUUUAGUAUAAAUAUGUUCAGCCCUUCCUUUAGUCCGCGGGCUUUAAUCCCCCGCACGCAUUUCCAGCCGCAUGGAAAUAGCAGCCCAGUAACUCCCGAGCCGCGGCUGCCGGGAUUGUGUGUGUGAUCCCUGCCGAGGCCACGCAUUCCUAAGGAUCUUAGGGAGAGCCGAGCAUCCUGAGCGGCACAUUCCCGGCGGAUCCCGGCGAGCUGGGAGCUCCGGCUGGGGGAUCCAGCUCCCCAGAGAGAGGUAAAGAAGCCCGCGCACCGUCGGCGGGGAUGCCGGUGAAGCGAGCGGGCUGUCUCCCCGUCUGUGCCCGGCCCGGGACCAGCGGCUGACUGGGAGCUGGAAUGUUUCCCACUGCAGGCGAUGCCCAGCCCAGCCCGCCCCGUUCCUAGCCUGGCUUCCCAGGGGUGACAUUCCCGCUUUCCUCCUGUCCGGAGAGCAGUGCCACCGAGCAUGCCGCAGAAAACUCUGCAGCCGAAGCCCAGGGGAGUUUUCCAGUGAGUCCAGCUCCUUAAAAGCCAGAGUUGUCCCUUCCCACACCGGCCUUGGGAAGCGCCUCCGACAGCGAAUUUCCCUGUGCCCAGCGGGUGUCGGGGUCCUGGAGUGCGGGCUGGAGGAGGGGGCUGCCAUGGAAGAGAAUGUGUUCAGCGUGCAGCAGAUCCAGCCCAACGUCAUCUCGGUGAGGCUCUUCAAGCGCAAGGUGGGCGGCCUCGGCUUCCUGGUGAAGGAGCGCGUCAGCAAACCGCCCGUCAUCAUCUCCGACCUGAUCCGGGGCGGGGCUGCCGAGCAGAGUGGCCUCAUCCAGGCUGGGGACAUCAUUUUAGCCGUCAAUGGCAGGCCCCUGGUGGACAUGAGCUAUGAGACGGCGCUGGAGAUCCUGAGAAGCAUCGCCUCCGAGACCUACGUGGUCCUCAUCCUGCGCGGCCCCGAGGGCUUCACCACUCACCUGGAGACCACUUUUGCCGGAGACGGGACGCCCAAAACCGUCCGUGUCACCAGACCCCUGUGCCCGGCUCCGAAGGCGGUUGACUUGUCCAACCCAAGCGCUCCCGGCAAAGAGCAGCCGCUGCCCGCAGCCAUGGGAUCCCUGUGGAGCAGGGAGACGGGGAAGGAGGUGGAGCCCAUGGUCCACGUUAACGGGGUCGUUCCCGGCAGCAAAGGGCCGGACGCCGGGAAGGACAAGGACGGGGCUUGUGCUCACUCCUGUCUCAACGGCGGCGUGGAAGGCAACGAGCUGCUCAAAGAAAUCGAGCCCGUCCUGGACCUGCUGAAGAGCCGCAGUAAGGACAGCGAUGGAGAUGCGCCCUCCAAGGUAGAGACACGGGAUAUAGAAGUCCAGGUGGACUGUUUCAGGGAAGGGGAGAGCAAUCCCCAGAAAGCUUUGCCGGCUGGGAUGGAGAACGAUCGUGUCCUGGGGGACCUGUGGGGGAAGAGCAGCGUCCCCGUGGUCCUGAACAACCCCUACUCGGAAGCAGAGCAGCCGCCGCCGUCCGGGCGCCAGUCCCCGACCAGGAACACCCUCAACGGGAGCCCCUCCAAGUGCCCCCGCUUCGUGAAAAUCAAGAACUGGGAGACGGGAUCCGUGCUCCACGACACCCUGCACCUCAAAACUGCCAUGGCCACGGCGUGCACCGAGCAGAUCUGCAUGGGCUCCGUGAUGACCCCCAGCCCCCACAUCCGCAAGUCAGAGGACACCAGGACCAAAGAGGAGCUGCUGCUCCUGGCCAAGGACUUCAUUGACCAGUACUACUCCUCCAUAAAGAGAUCCGGCUCCAAGGCCCACAUGGAGAGGCUGGAGGAGGUGACCAAGGAGAUUGAGGCCACUGACACCUACCAGCUGCGGGACACGGAGCUGAUCUACGGAGCCAAGCACGCCUGGAGGAACGCGGCGCGCUGCGUGGGCAGGAUCCAGUGGUCCAAGCUGCAGGUGUUCGAUGCCCGGGACUGCACCACGGCCCACGGGAUGUUCAAUUACAUCUGCAACCACAUCAAGUACGCCACCAACAAGGGGAACCUCAGAUCCGCCAUCACCAUCUUCCCGCAGCGCACGGACAGCAAGCACGACUUCCGCAUCUGGAACGCGCAGCUGAUCCGCUACGCCGGCUACAAACAGCCCGACGGCUCCGUCCUGGGCGAUCCCGCCAACGUGGAGCUCACCGAGAUCUGCAUCCAGCAAGGCUGGAAGGCACCGUACGGGCGCUUCGACAUCCUGCCCCUGCUCCUCCAAGCCAACGGCAACGACCCCGAGCUCUUCGAAAUCCCACCGGAACUGGUGCUGGAAGUGCCCAUCCGGCACCCCAAGUUUGAGUGGUUUAAGGAGCUGGGCCUGAAGUGGUACGGGCUGCCAGCCGUUUCCAACAUGCUGCUGGAGAUCGGGGGCCUGGAGUUCUCCGCCUGCCCGUUCAGUGGCUGGUACAUGGGCACGGAGAUCGGCGUCCGCGACUACUGCGACAACUCCCGCUACAACAUCCUGGAGCAAGUGGCCAAGAAAAUGAACCUGGAUAUGAGGAAAACGUCCUCACUGUGGAAGGACCAGGCCCUGGUGGAGAUCAACAUCGCUGUGCUCUACAGCUUCCAGAGUGACAAGGUGACCAUCGUGGAUCACCACUCGGCCACCGAGUCCUUCAUCAAGCACAUGGAGAACGAGUACCGCUGCCGGGGCGGCUGUCCCGCCGACUGGGUCUGGAUUGUCCCGCCCAUGUCGGGCAGCAUCACCCCCGUCUUCCACCAGGAGAUGCUCAACUACCGCCUGACGCCCUCCUUUGAGUACCAGCCGGACCCCUGGAACACCCACGUCUGGAAAGGGGUCAAUGGGACCCCCACCAAGAAGAGGGCCAUUGGCUUUAAGAAGCUGGCAAAGGCUGUGAAGUUCUCAGCCAAGCUGAUGGGCCAAGCCAUGGCCAAGAGGGUCAAGGCCACCAUCCUGUACGCCACGGAAACGGGGAAGUCCCAGGUCUAUGCAAAAACUCUGUGUGAGAUCUUCAAACACGCCUUUGAUGCCAAGGUGAUGUCCAUGGACGAGUACGACGUCGUGCACCUGGAGCACGAAACCAUGGUCCUGGUGGUCACCAGCACCUUCGGCAACGGGGACCCCCCCGAGAACGGAGAGAAAUUUGGCUGUGCGUUAAUGGAGAUGAAGAAUCCCAACUCCAACCUGGAGGAGAGGAAGAGCUACAAGGUCAGGUUCAACAGCGUCUCCUCCUACUCGGACGCGCGGAAAUCCUCCAGUGAUGGCCCCGACUCCAGGGACAACUUCGAGAGCACGGGGCCCCUGGCAAACGUCAGGUUCUCCGUCUUUGGGCUGGGCUCCCGUGCUUACCCCCAUUUCUGCGCCUUCGCCCGCGCCGUGGACACGCUCCUGGAGGAGCUGGGGGGAGAGAGGAUCCUCCGCAUGGGAGAAGGGGAUGAGCUCUGUGGCCAGGAGGAAUCCUUCAGGACCUGGGCCAAGAAGGUCUUCAAGGCAGCGUGUGACGUGUUCUGCGUGGGGGACGACGUCAACAUCGAGAAAGCCAACAACUCCCUCAUCAGCAACGACCGCAGCUGGAAGAGGAGCAAGUUCCGCCUGACCUACGUGGCCGAGGCCCCGGAGCUCACACAAGGACUGUACAGCAUCCACAAGAAACGCGUCUACGCAGCGCGGCUCCUGACGCGCCAGAACCUGCAGAGCCCCAAGUCCAGCCGCCUGACGAUUUUCCUGCGCCUGCACACCAACGGGCACCAGGAGCUCCAGUACCUGCCCGGGGACCACCUGGGGGUGUUCCCAGGGAACCACGAGGACUUGGUCAAUGCCCUCAUAGACAGGCUCGAGGAUGCCCCUCCAACCAACCAGCUGGUGAAGGUGGAGCUGCUGGAGGAGAGGAGCACGGCUCUAGGUGUCAUCAGUAACUGGACAGACGAGAACCGUGUCCCACCCUGCACCAUCUUCCAGGCCUUCAAGUACUACCUGGACAUCACCACCCCUCCCAGCCCGCUGCUGCUGCAGCAGUUCGCUCUGCUGGCCACCAGUGACAAGGAGAAGAAACGUCUGCAGGUCCUUAGCAAGGGCUUGCAGGAGUACGAGGAGUGGAAGUGGUCCAAGAACCCCACGAUCGUGGAGGUGCUGGAGGAGUUCCCUUCGGUGCAGAUGCCCUCCACACUGCUGCUCACCCAGCUGCCCCUCCUGCAGCCUCGCUACUACUCCAUCAGCUCGUCCCCGGAGAUGUACCCGGGGGAGGUCCACCUCACCGUGGCUGUGGUGUCCUACCGCACCCGAGAUGGAGAGGGACCGAUCCACCACGGAGUCUGCUCCUCAUGGCUCAGUCGGAUCCAGACGGACGAGGUGGUGCCGUGCUUUGUGCGAGGUGCCCCCGGGUUCCACCUGCCCCAGGACCCCCAGGUGCCCUGCAUCCUCAUCGGGCCCGGCACCGGCAUCGCCCCUUUCCGGAGCUUCUGGCAGCAGCGGCUCUUUGACAUCCAGCACAAAGGGCUGAAGCCGUGUCCCAUGGUGCUGGUGUUUGGCUGCCGGCAGUCCAGGAUCGACCACAUCUACAAGGAGGAGACGCUGUUUGCCAAAACCCAGGGGGUGUUCAGAGAGCUGUACACGGCCUAUUCCCGGGAACCGGACAAACCAAAGAAAUACGUGCAGGACGUGUUGCAGGAGCAGCUGGCCCAGACCGUGUUCAAAGCGCUGAAGGAGCAGGGAGGCCACAUCUACGUCUGCGGGGAUGUCACCAUGGCCGGGGACGUGCUCAAGACGGUGCAGCGCAUCGUGAGGCAGCAGGGCCAGCUGUCGGCAGAGGAGGCAGGAGCCUUCCUCAGCAAGCUGCGGGAUGACAGCCGGUACCACGAGGAUAUUUUUGGAGUCACCCUGCGCACGUACGAGGUGACAAACCGCCUUAGAUCCGAGUCCAUCGCCUUCAUCGAGGAGAGCAAAAAAGACACGGAUGAGGUUUUCUGCUCCUAACCGGACCCUUCGCCCCCAGGGGAUGCCAAACCAGUCCCAGCACCUGCUGCCCCCUCCAGCUGGAGGGCACUGGGUUUUGUAUUUCACGGACACGGUGGCUCCUUUUCCACGGGGAACUGCCCAUGGAAAGCGCUCUGUCUCUCGUCCUGUUGUUGUGUCCUGAUGAUGAUGAUGAUAAUUACUUUCAUUUCCUUUUCUUCCCCCUUCUCUUGCUCUUGUCCUGUGGCCAUUUCUUUUCACCUCCUUCCCCUUCCCUGGAUUUCCCCACUGGAGUUCGAUGGCUUUAUAACCUGCAGUGGCUCUUUUCAGAAUUCCACAUUUCCCCUCCUUCCCGUGAGAGCGUUUUGCAGCUGCAUGAAAUCACCACCUUUGUGACCAUUUUUGGGUGUUUCUGGGCCUGAGCAGAGGUGGCAGGGGCUGGGCAGGGGUGAGGUCUUGUUGCUUGUCCAGAGCUGGGGGGUUGUUCCUGCCAGGCUCCCUCUUUCCCCUGAUUCUGGCUGAAUCCUUGUGUUUUCAUGGCUUUCCUUUGGGUUUGGACAAACCCAGGCACGUGCCCGAGGCUGGGGGCAGGUGAUGUGCAGUUCCAUCCAGUUCCCAUGAAUCUGAUUCAUCCCCAGGCAGCCUGGGCACAGCUCUGUGAUUUCUGAUCUGAUUUUUGUGUCACGAUUUCUUCCAAACGGGCCCUGCGCUUUGUCCCUCUUUUCCCGCUCUCUUCUCCCGCUCCCUGAGCCUCUCCUUUUGCUCCAUCCCGACUUUUUCUGGCAUGGAAGUUCUCUGAACACACAGGCUGAUGAGCAGCCCAAGGAAAAGCUGCAGUGAUUUCUCCAGAGGGUUUUACAGGGAAUGCUGGACCUGCAGCCGCGGUGCCGGCAGGAGAGCCCAGCUGCACCCAGAGCUCUGCAGGCUCUCACCCUCUCCCAGGUGAGCCUGGAAAGCCACGAGGAUGGGCCAGAAGCAGCUCCCAGCUGCCAGAAGCACCCCUUGGGAACAAAGGCAGCACUCGGAGGGGGACGGAGGCUCCGGGUCUUUGGCGAGGAUGUGCCAGCAGAGGAAUCAUCAGCUCUUAGCUCAUCUCACGAGCGCUUCUGGGACAGCAGAGCCCAGCUCUUGCCACAUUUUGGGGAGCAGAAAGUGCCACCCUGGAGCCACCUGGCUGCCAAGAGAGACACGUGUGGCAUUCUGGGGGGAGCCAGGCCCCUCUCGUCAUCUGAGAAGAGAUGUCUCAGCCAGGACAUCUCGUGUGAGAAGGGAGGUGAGAUCAGCCACAAAGGUGCUGGGCUCUGACACGCUCACACCUCGGCCCUGCUGCAAGAACCUGGCCCCAAAAAGCAAUUUGUUAACACAGCCACAGAGAGGUUGGAGAAAACAGAAAGCCUCUGACAGAGAAAAGCUGUCUGCAAGGGAAAGCAAGCCUGACCUUGUGUGUCCUUCCUCCUGCUGCACCCUGAAGAAUCACAGCAUAUUCGGAAUUGGAAUUGGACAAGGGUGGAGCCAGCCUCCUCUGGGGUGAACAGCCCAUCCAGGGACUGAUCCUCGGCGGUUUUAGCACCAGGCUCUGCCCAGCUGAGCCAAGCCCGGGUUUGUCCUCCCUCACUGCAUCACAGGGACAGCAGGACACGGCUGCAGCUCUUGCUGGAGGCAGGGAUCCAGGACUGGCAUCUUCAGGUGGCAGCUGCUGAUCCUCCCCUCCUGCCCUGCUCGGAUCCUGGCUGGAGCCAGCCAGAACUGCUGGCGGCACAGAGAUCAUCCUGGCGCUCUCACGGGGCUGAGAACACCUGCCCUGAGCUAAAGGCAGCACAGAAAGAGCUGCAGGAGGUUUGCUGCUCUCCCAGCCCAUGGAACAAGCCCCACUGGCUCCCCUGUCCCAGGCUCUGCUGUUACUCCCACCCUCAGCCAGGAGCUCCUGCCCUCUCCUGCCACGUCUCCAUGGGCUGUGACACCUUCUGCAGCUUCCCUGCAUCCCCGAAGCACCUCCAGCCCAAAAUCCAGGAGCUAAAGGGCUCCAGGCACCGGGAGAAUUGGAGAUGCAGGUCUGCCGGUGCCGGCUGAGCAUCCAACACGGGAUAAAGCGAAUAAAUGCUGCCACAGUGUGGCCAGAGCUGAGCAGGGCUGGGGACACACGGCCAGCGGUGUGCCACUGCCCGGGGACACGGAGAGCACGCAGGGAAGGGCAAACCCAGCAAACCCACGGCCCCAGUGGGAUGGGGGAGCCGGGUCCCCUGGCUUGGGGUGUGGGAAUUUGGGAGCAGAGCUGGGAACACGCAGCGAGCCUGGCCUGGACCCCCAUCCUGUGGCUGCAGGGACAAAGCUAAAAUCAGAAGGAAAAUCAGACUCAUCCUCUUCUUCUGGGAAAUUCUGGCUCCAGCUUUGUGCUCUGGUCCUCCUUUAGAUGAAGGGGCGAUGCAGCCUGACGGGAGAAGGAGGAGGAAGAGGAGGUAAUGCCCAAAGAAACAUCUCUUUGUCCUCUUCCCUGCUCACACCGUGGUGCUGCCAGGUUCUCCCCUCCUGUCCUGCCUGCUCUGCUGUUCCACCUCCCAUCUGGAGCCCUGGUUGGGUUAUCUCACCUGUUGUGCACCCCAAAGCUCGCCCCCUCUGUG